AUGGUAUCAGUUUUAUUUGCAAGUUUCUUUGUCAUUGCCGCUAUUUUAAUUUAUAUCUACUUAAAACGAGAUUAUUCUCCAUCAUUAGAUGAUCUACCAGGAGUAAAACCACAUCUGUUUUUUGGUAAUCUAGUCAAUUCGGGUAUAAUGACUGGAAAAUCAACAUUGACUCAGACCAUGCUCGAUUAUCAACGUUGCUUUGGUGACAAGUUUCAAUUUUGGUUCGGUUCACAUCGAUGUCCAACUUUUUGUCAAAUGGAACAUGCGCAAACAAUAUUUUCAGAUCGUUAUACAUUCGAACAAUCGCCAUUAUUUGUUCCAAACUUUGAUCUACUUUGCCCCAAUGGAAUUGGAAUGUUGAAUGGUGCUAAAUGGAAAAGACACAUACGAGUUUUGCUACCGAUGUUAAAACGAGCAAAAAUUAUAGGUUAUUUAGAAAGAAUUGUUCAAUGUGCUGAUCGUUUUAUUGAUCGAAAUCUUCAUUCUAGCCAAGUUCAUGGAAAUCUUAUAUCAUCCUGUCAGUCAUUCACAAUGAAUGUCAUUGGAUUGAUUGGAUUCGACAAUGAUUUCGAUAUUCAUGUUAAUUCAUCAAUAAAAAAAGCUUUUCAGGAUUUGAUAUCCCAUGCCGUAUUGCUUGUGAAUACACCCUGGAUUCCUCGAUGGUUAGAAAAAAUUUAUUUGAAAUAUAAUUGGAACUAUCAAAAAGCUUAUCGAUUGAUUCAUGAAUUGGCAGAAAAACUCGUUGAAGAAGAACAAAACAAACAAAGUGACAUAGAAAAUGAACGACCAAAGAAUCUAAUUGCAUCAUUAGUCUCAUCAUUGAAUGAACAAGCCAAUGAUGAACAUACUUCAUCAGGUAUAACACGUGCAGAGAUGUUUGACGAAAUUUUAAUGAUGAUCUUACUUGGUUAUGAAACGACAUCAACUGCUCUCUCGUGGUUCAUAUUCUUCGCAAGCAAAAAUCCUCAAGUGCAACAACGUAUGAAAGACGAAUUACGUGAGCAUCAUCUUUUAAUGACUGAUGACCUCACAGAUGCACCACCGCUAACGUCAGAAAAUUUAGCAUCACUAACCUAUUGUGAAUGUGUAACAAAAGAGGUCUUACGUCUGGCUCCAGUCGCUUCACUCACGACACGUAUAGCUACUCGUGAUACCACUGUUGAUAAUGUAAAGAUUCAUCGUGGUCAAACUGUUUUUAUCGCUUUACAUAACAUCAAUACUGAUGCUCGGUAUUGGCAUCAUGGUGAUCCUCGACAAUUUUUACCAGAAAGAUUUUUAGCUGAAGAUCAAAAUCACCAUCCAUUAACGAUGAUUCCAUUUGGUGGUGGACAUCGAGCAUGUAUUGGACAAGAAUUAGCUUGGCUAGAAUUGAAAACAGUCAUUGUCCGAUUGAUGCAACGUGGUAUUACAUUCGAAGAUACGCCGGAAAAUACUGGUGGUUAUGACGAACGACUUACCUGUUUUCCAAAAAACUUAGCAGUGCGUGUACACUUCGAUAAAUAUUAA